AUGCCGCUCAUCAAACGAGCGGUUUCUCCAGUAAAUGUCAGUCGGGUAAAGAUACCGCCUGAAGUGACCAACGGCGAGCUUCAAUAUGUAGCGAACAGCACCUUGGCCAAUUUAAUAAGGCAACUUAGUUCCAUCAGUAAGCACGCCGAACACAUAUUCGGCGAGAUUUACUUGGAAGCAAUGAAACUCGACCAUAAGUCGAAUACGUUGGAGAAGCGAAUCACGAACCUUACCGAAAAAGUGUCGAAGCUCGACUCAACUAAUGAACAAGAACAAUGCCUGUGUCUAAGCGCCAGUUUGGGAGAGGCUGCGCUGAGGAAGGCCGUUCAAGAAGUUCCAUGUUGGUGGACGCAGCAUACGCUCGAUCGUACACCAGCGUUACCGGUAGCCCUUGCUGAGGUGUACUCACGUUGUGAUCCUCCUCCUAAUCUCGAUGCUCUUAACCCCUUUCAGCAUUUUUGGUUGGAAAGAGAUCCUGGUGCUCCCAGUGCCUUAUCUCUCUACACCAAUCCGUCAUUCUUCUUCGACCUCUGGAGACAAGAAAUGCUCAAGGACUGUGCGGAUAACACGGCUAGGAGACGAAUCAAAUCUCCACCUCCAGAUGGUCUCAAUAUGGCGAGAAGUCCGAAAAAGCGGCGACAACGCUUACCACCGCAACAACAAGAAGUACCCAGGCAGCAAGCGGCGAGGUAUAUGUCGUCUCUUCGAAACGCUCGCUCCACAGCACUUUCAUUUCCGGAUGAGUAUCAAGCCCCACAAGCUUUGGGUCUCCAACUUCACAAAACCAGUCAGAUCCAGCACUUCCAACCUGUUCAAACAUCGACUCCCUCGCAAACAGGCGGCAUGAGCAUUCGUGCUGCACCAGCUCCGGAGAACAGACAACGAGCAAAUCUUUCACCACCAAAGGAGCUCAAGCGUGAACUUCCUCCUCCGGACCUAGCGCUCCUCUCGAUUGACGACGAAGAUGAGGAGCUACCACCACCUCCACCCACCCUCAUGCAUACGAGCGUCGUUAAUCAUCUGCCGUCUCCCCCUCCCAGCGCUAUGCAACUUGUGCCAAGCGAUGCUCAGGCUGUGGUUCCUCCUCCUCCGCCGCCCCCACCGCCGCCACAAAAUCUGAUUACGCCGUCAGCUCCGUCAGCGGCAACAUUCGGAGGAGUUACUAAGACUUCAACGGAAACUGAAGAGGAGGAGAAGAAACCCGAUACGAGGAGUAACUUGCUCGCCGAGAUUCAAAGUGGAAUCAAGUUGAAGAAGCAUCUGGAUUAG